AUGUCAUCGUCGUCAUCAGCUGUCUCAAAUAUACUGAGGCAGAUUGUGUCAGCUAGUUCAAAUUCGACUUCUUCUGUCAGUAGUCGUAAGCCUGGUUUUGCUUUCAGAAAAGCAAACGAAGAGGCCAACAGGGGGCUACUCGCUACCUCGACGAAGAAAGGGGGAAAGCGAAAGAGAGCUGAUGACAGCGACGAAACCCCUGCUACACAUAUCGGUUGUAUUUAUAUCAAUCCCCAUGGAACUCAGAAACAAGAUGAUGAUAUUGUUUGUAAGGGCAACCUCAAGAUGGCCGACAGCGCAGGCCUAGCAGAGGGAGAAUCCAAAGAUAAUGAAUAA